UCUAUGUUUUGUUUGUACCAGUAUAACCGGCAAGGUAUCCUUUUCUGAAAAAAUAGCUUUAGAAACCUCAGCUUUGAUUUAGAUGAGUGAAUCGACAAUCGUAGAUUAAUUUUAGUACAUUAACAGCGAGACAUAAACUGUUGACUGUAAUUCUUAAGUCUGAAUACGAUGGAUGACGACUUGAAAGAGUUGAAGUCGUUGUUGCGCUCGCUGGUGGUGUCGAGCCCGACUCAGAUGGACGUCCGCACCUUGAUGCGGGACUUCCGCAACAUGGUGGGGUCGCCCAUGCCGCUCGCCAAGUAUGGCCACAGAGACCCCGUGGCUUUCCUGAAAGAGCACUUCGAUGAUUGUUUCGUGAUGACGGGGCCAUCGUCUAACCCAGUACUUACUCUGAUUGUACCAGACACAUUAAAACACAUUGAUCAGUUUGUACAGAGACAGAAAGUACCUUCUACUGCUAAAUUCAAAUCAAAGAGAAGAAGCAUUCCAGAAUCUGCAGUGAAUAAACAAAAUCUCAUUUUCGAGACAUUUGUCAAAGACACACUACCUGUCCUUAAAGAAUCGGAACAAUCAGAGGUGAAAGCUCCUGAUAUUGUUGCUGAUGCCAGCCACAACACAGAGAAUGCUGUCAAUCAUCAAGUCACCAGCACAGAUGUCAAGAACUUCCUCAAGAAACGCCUUCCACUUUACAAUAGUCUACAUAAUUUAGAAGAGCCAUCUUCAGAGAGAGAAGUAACAAUAUCUCUGUGUCAAGAUGAUGAUUCGGGAAAACAUACAUCAUCCAGCAGCAGCAGCACAAAGGCUCUACAGCUAGAGGAGCUGAAGUCGGAUAUCAUGGAGCUGAUCCGAGCAGCCCCGCGCGGCGUGUGGUGCACCGACCUGAUACGUCUCUACAGGGAACGCUUCAACCGCGAAAUAAACUUCAUACGGUUCGGUUACACGAGCGUGAUCAGCCUGGUGUACACGCUGGGGGCGGGCGUGGUGAUCACGCGGCCCGACGCCACGGGCGACUGGCACCUGGCGCCGCGCGGCGCGGGGCCGCCGCCGCCCGCGCCGCCCGCGCCGCGCCGCCGCCCCGCGCGCGCCUCGCCGCCGCCCGACCCCGACGACGCGCUGCCCGGCAUCGACUAUGACGCGGACGUGUUCCCGGCGGACUGCCUGCACUUCACGGAGAGCAUCCCGGCGCAGGAGCUGAGCGACGUGCUCCCCGGCGCCAUGGUGGAGGUCAUGGUGGGCGAGGUGUACUCGCCCUCGCACUUCUGGCUCAUCCGCCUCGGCGACCAGUACCACAUCGCCAUGGAGAACAUGAUGGACGAGAUGACGGAGUACUACAACGGGUCGGGCCGCUCGCGCACGCUGGCGCGCGGCGCCGUGCGCGUGGGGCACUACUGCAGCGCGCUGUUCCUGCGCGACUGGCACCGCGCGCUCAUCGUGCGCGUGCUGGACAGCGACACGGUGAAGGUGCGCUACGUGGACUACGGCACGGUGGGCGCGGUGGCGUGGCGCGCGCUGCGGCCGCUGCGGCGCGAGUGGGCGCGGCUGCCGGCGCAGGCGCUGCGCGCGCGGCUGGCGGGGCUGCGCCCGUGCGCGGCGGGGCGGCGCUGGCCGCCGUCGGCCGCCGCCGCCUUCCUGCGCCUGGUGCGCGACACGCCGCUCGUCGCCAACAUCGUCGCCGUCGACACCGAGGAGGCCAUAAUCGAGACCCUGUUAAUCGAAACGUCGACUGCGGUGGACCGCAACCUGAGCACCGAGCUGAUCCGCGCCGGACACGCGGACGAGCGGCCCGACUCCGCGCUGUGGACGGCGGAGUGCUACCUGAACCCGAGGUUCGAGGCGCUCGAGAGCGGCGCCACGCCCAACCUGGAGGAGAUACACGCGUACCUGCGCGACGGCAUCGUGCUCGACUACGUGGCCGCGUACCGAGAGCACGUGCCCGCCUGCCUGCCGCCCGAGCCCGCGCCCGCUCCCUCCGACUCCCCCGCCAGCGACCACCCACCCGACCUGCCCGCGAGGAUCCCCCUGUGGUUGCCUACUACGCCCGAUGCCUGCCUUCCUUCGCCUUCGUCGCCAACUGAGCUCUCCUCACCCCAGGUCACGUCUCAGAGACCUCUAUCUCCGCCGGCCGCCCCUCUCGCCUUGUCGCCCAAAGUCUCAGAGCCUUGCGAGGCAAAGGCGCAUUCAGCCAUUAACGUUCAACUAGACAUACACAAACAACCGAAUGUGAAUAUUCCGCCGGAUGACAACCCGCAGACAGAGUGCCGGCGGCAAUCCGUAGUGCACCCGCAGCCGGCGGCCCCUUGCCCGCCGCCCGGCGUGGUGGCGCCGGCCUGGCCGGGCCCGUACCCGCCGCCUGGCGUGGUGGCGCCGGCCUGGUCGUCUCCGUACGCGCCGCCCGGCGUGGUGGCGCCAGCCUGGCCGGGCCCGUACGCGCCGCCGGCCUGGCCGGGCCCGUACGCGCCGCCCGGCGCGGUGGCGCUGAGCCCGGCCGAGUGCGACACGUACCGCAGGCUGGUGCACGUGAACCCGGAGGCCGCGCACUGGUACAUGGCGGGCGCGCUGGGCCGCGCCAUGGGCCCCGCCAUGGGCCCCGCGCUGGGCGGGCCGCCGCACUUCCCAUCCCCACCCCCGUUCGGAUCUGUGCGAGCGCCGCCCGGUUUCAAUAUCUAGGCCGGCUUCGGUGCGAACUUGCGUUGGCUCACAUAAUGUUUGUACUGUCUUUUCUUUUUCUUUCCACGUUAAAAAUCAUCAAAUGACCCCUUCCGCUGGGUAAGCAGCGGUGAGGGAGUGUCAGACUCUUACUGACUAAAAGUCGUCGUGUUCCGUCGUAGGCCUUUUAUGUACCAGGGCCGCGGUAACUCUUUCGAAAAAUCUCGCAGCCCCGGCUGGCCUUGCCAUGUUCCUAGUGCCUUGUACUAACGCAAAACAAAAUAUACCUCAACAUUAGGCUAACUGUACCUAUUAUUAUAUAAAAUUGUUAGAUUUAAUUUACAAAUUGUUAUAUAAUUGUUACAUAACAUAAUUUUUGGUGUAAGAAUGCCUCUGGUUUGACCACAGACUUUGUUCAGUUAUUUUUUUAUUUCUUUUGCGUUUAGAAUAUAUUGUUAAAGUUUUGAAAACAGCCCUAAAUAAUCAUAAACAGUACCCAUUUAUUUCUAGCAGUAGCUUAUUUGUUUAAUAUGUAAACUCUUUUGCAAAAAAAGCGGGCACCUAUCUUGGUUUUAAGGAUUUUACGUUUAUUUUAAUUACUGUAAUGGCGUCCACGGCCGAUUUCGACCACGGCGGCUGUUCUCAUUUAAGGAGCCAACUGCGCGGGACAUAUUAUAGUGCACGAGCAUUUGCGCAGACACAGGAGCACUCCCUAUUCCUUCACUCUCAUAGCCCGAUGGGACGGCAAUCCGACACGACCGGAAAGAGAUCAGGCGCAGUACCGACAUUUACGUGCUCUCCGAUGCACGGGAAUCAAUCGCCAACUUCCAGACUGCGGGAUGCUUUGUGAAAGUUUAAGAAACCCACAAACCCGAGACCUAGAGCACAGCAGCCGCGCUUGCGACCACUAGACCAACGAGGCAGAUAGAUUCGGUAUUUUACACAAAAAUACCGAAACUCGUAACAUUGCCAUCAAAUCAUCAGCAGAGAACAUUUAGAGCAGGUCAAAAUUUUAUCAAAUAUGCAUAGUUUUUUAACAUAUUUUGAUGUAACAAAAACGUACGUUAAUCAUUAACUAAAACGACAGAGAUCAGGCGCAGUACCGACAUUUACGUGCUCUCCGAUGCACGGGAAUCAAUCGCCAACUUCCAGACUGCGAGAUGCUUUGUGAAAGUUUAAGAAACCCACAAACCCGAGACCUAGAGCACAGCAGCCGCGCUUGCGACCACUAGACCAACGAGGCAGAUAGAUUCGGUAUUUUACACAAAAAUACCGAAACUCGUAACAUUGCCAUCAAAUCAUCAGCAGAGAACAUUUAGAGCAGGUCAAAAUUUUAUCAAAUAUGCAUAGUUUUUUAACAUAUUUUGAUGUAACAAAAACGUACGUUAAUCAUUAACUAAAACUGCAUUAUCAGUUUUCUGAAAAUCACAUCAUAAUCUUUUCAAAACGCCCACGAUCUUUCUGCCAGGAAUUAGUCAAACACAACGUUUAACCAGUUUCUUAGCAAUUCUACAAAAUUCAAAUUUAAUACACUCUCACGCAUGCUUGGCUUACCCUUUUGAUGCUAGUAACAAACCACAAUUAUUAAAACCCUUUGAAAUACACGAAAAGUCCUUAAAACCUAUAUUUCGCAUGGGUGCCCGCUUUUUUUUGCAAAAGAGUGUAUUUGUAUAAGUCUUAUCGAGUUUGUUUAACUCAAACAGAGUAUAGGUUCCUAUUGUUUUUUUUAUUCUUAUUAUUGAAGUUAACGACAAAGAAUCAUUUUGUGGAGUACAAAUCUAUAAUCACAGAUGUUUUAAUGAUCGAUAGCAAAUUCAGCUGUAACUUAUGUUGAUUAUAGAACUGUCACCCAAUAAACCUUUUGACUUUACCUGCUUAGAGUUAAGUAUACUAAUUUUACUUAAAAUAUUGAUCGUUUCUGUGAUAAAGAAUCAAGUCGAGAGUGGUAACUAUUUCUUCUAUUAAUAAAAAAUACCAUUGUAAA